GUCCGGGCCAAAGAGCGACAUCCGAUGGGGGGCAUCGACACUCGGGAGAUUCUCGGGUCAAGAGUGUAGCUCCUCUGGGAUCUGUCCCCUCCUCAUGCUGACAAAGGGAAGAAGGCCACAGCUCACUCAUCUUAGCCCAGCCCAACAUAGCCUGACACAACCAGAGCCUAACAUCACCUCAUCCUGCCUCUCAUGCUGCAUGCUCUAAUGAAACUAAAGUGACGGGUCCUACACUUGGAUGAACUGGGGGAGGAGAGAGUGCACUGAGGCUGUCAUGUAAGCCGUCUCCUCUGGGGCCACCUUUUGGUGCGCACUGCUUCCUGCUUUAGGUAGAAGCCUCAGUGUUUUUGCUGCUGAGGCAUCAGGCUGCUUUUUCUCCUCUCUGCUCCCUCCAGUUAAGCAGGCAGCACAUCAUCACUCCACGCACUGAAAUGGACAAGAUCUGCUCAGAGUGCACAGAGCCAACACUUGCACAGAGUCUGUGUACGCUGUGCAACAAGUGGUUGUGUUACCAGUGCACAGAUGUGCACCAGCAUCAGAGAGCCCCCACUGCUUCUCAGUUUGCAGACUUGUACCAGCAACAGAGGCCCAGUGCCACCCAGUGUCCUGACCUGCACCAGAGAGGCUCCAGCUCCCUGCCUCCUACUGGACAAGGCCCAGGGUCGUAUCCUUGUCCCCUCCUCAUGUGCCAUUCUCACAGACAGGAACCCUUGGAGCUUUUUUGUGAGUCAUGUGACCUUCUGUGCUGCAGCAGCUGUCACCUGUCCUCCCACAAAAACCACAGGGUGAUGCAGAUUGGGAAGGCUCUGCAAGAUCAGCAAUGGCUGUUUGAGAGCCUGAUGGUGCAAGUGGAAGAGAGGAGGUCUGCCGUGGAGAACAAUGCUAAACAGAUAGAAGACAGACUGCAUGGAGUAAAGAUUGCACAGAGGAAGGCAGAAAACCAGAUUAAAAUGGCAAAGAUGAUUAUGAUGAACGAGCUUAACAAACGAGCCAACCUAUUAAUAGAGCAACUGGAGAAGAUUUCAGAAGACUUUCAGCAGCGUUUGGAGGACCAGCUGCAAGGGGUAAUAGAGCUAUGUGGCCAGCUGGACCACAUUCAGAAGUUCAUCACCUGGGCCACAACCCGCCACUGCAGAGGUCCGGUGCUCUUCAGCAGGGCUCUGAUUUCACUCCAGAUGCAGCAGCUGCUUGAGGCAUCUUUCCUCUCAGACUCUUGGAGUCCUGUUAAGAUCAAAUUCAACUGGGAUGCAAGUUAUUGGACAAAGCAGAUUUCCUCUCUAGGCCAGCUGACGGUUGAGGGGGGAAACUGUACUUUUCCUCCAGGCUUGGCUUGUUCCAGUAUUAUGAGGCCUCAGCCCAUCACCUGCUUGUCUCUGCCAACCAUGUUUCACAGAGGCCGAGAGUUGGGCUGUGGGUACCAGGCCUGCUGUGAGCCCCAGAUGUGUUGCCUGCAUGGCAUUCCCCCUCAGUCAGAUCUGGCCAGUCUGGAUAAAAGCCAGAUGGAAACCACUCUUUACAACUCCAACUGCACUCAACCGGGUCUUAUAUCAGCCUCCCUGCAUCAGAACCAGCAACUCCAGAGGUGCUGGGACACAGAAGGCACCUUGCUAUGUCCUCGUCCUACAUCUCCUGUUUCAGUCGUAGGGCCCAUGCAGCUCAACUGCAACCGUGGAUCUGCAGCACAACCACAAGCUGCUCAUACCCUACCCCACUCACAGUCUAUAGCCUAUCUCUCUUCUCAGCAACACCAGAGAGAAAUACUUUCAGACAGCCAGACUCAGCUGAGUGCAGACCGCUCCAGCCGCGGCCAGUGUAAGGGGAAGUUGUCGAGUAGCAUAGCUCUGCAUCAGGAACUGAGUCACACAGUGAUGAACAGAGAAGUGUUGACUGAGGAGAGCUUGGAGACAAGGUGCAGAAUGGAGGAGACUUGCAGACAAACAGCAGUGGCUGAAAACAGAGUGGUGCUGGAUGAAGUACUGCAGGCAGACAGGAGGGAGCAGAAUCCUGUCCAACAGCAGCUUCAGCAGCUUCAAGCUUCUUUAGUAGCAGAGCAACAGAAAACCAGACCUGCACUGACACCCAGAAACCACAAAAAUGGCAAGAGAUCCACAUCCCUGGAGGUAUCUGCGACAGUCCAUGAGUGUGUAUCUGAUGUGCAGAGCAGCAAGCUCAGCUCUAGUUCAGCAUGCUCAAGGAGGAAGAGACGCUCCCGGAGCAUCCCGGCAGAAUUGGCAGCCCCAUUCACCAGCCCCUACACAGAAAGGCCUCCAGGAUGCAAUAACAGCCGAGUUGCAGAAGCUUCAAAGAAGUAUGACAGUGUGGAUCCCAGACAGAGGAGAGCCUCAGAUGGGGUGCUUUGUGUUGUUAAGGAAACCUUAUCUGACAUGGCCCCAUCCAGAAGACAUCUGUCUCCUUCACUGUCUUAUAAGACGGAGCCAGACCCUUCUUCCACAAUUGUAGGUGGAGAGGUUGAUUAUGGAACUAAGGACAAACACAGAGCCACAAGAAAUAGCUUUAACAGUAAUGAAGACAUCCUAAAGGACUCAGGCAGAUCCAGAGUUCCAGUAGUUUGCUUAGAGCGCCUUAAAAUACUUGUGUCACAACUCCCACCACAUGGACGAAGACAGAGUGACCCUUUGCCUGCCAGUGGGAUGGACAACAGUGAAAAUAUCCCUCAGCAGAAAACCAGGCAUGAUGUAACACCUGAGAUGCAGGAGGAAGCAGGAGGCUCUGACGCCAGGACAACCACUCGCUCACUCACAGGGCCACAGUAUGCAGAGCAACAGAUUCAAAGUCACUCUAUCAAACUGUCAACCGACUGUGAGUUUGACAGCAUCACUAACAGAGGGAGGCUGACGCCUCACCAAACAUCCACACCACUUCCCACUGACUCAGUUUAUGUGCCACAGUGUUCCUCCACACUCGAUCUGGAUUCAGACUCUGAUCCCAGGUCAGCCUCUGAGGAUGCUGUUGUUUCUCCAAAUGAUCCAGACCCACAGCUAGAUUCAGAUGCUUCACCGGACUCUGAUCCGAAUGCACCAUCUUCAUCUGAGGCUGAACUUGAAUGUGUGGCUGAUAUGAAGCUGACAGCUGCAAGAGAGAUGAGGCUAUGUGAGGAUUCUGAGCCAAGUCUGGAAUUUGAGGCAGAUCAGGAAUUAGAUGGAGGAAGAGAAUCAGAAGAUGGCCAAGAGCUGGACAUGUAUACAGAAUCGGGUGAUGCUCAAACAGAGUCUGACACCCAGCCUGAAUAUGACCCCACUUUUCAGGCUGAGACUGAUUCAGAUGCUGUAUCCGAUCAGCCUCCGGACUCCCAGGGCUCUGUGGAGUUUGAGCUGGAUGUAGAAUCUGAAACUGAACUUACCACAGAUGACCCACAGCCUCUUCGCUCUGACCUGGAGGAGGAGUCCCAUAUUGGUCCUGCUCAGAGGCCACUUCUGAUUGCAAACCCUAUUGGUCAGAGCGACACAGAGGAGGUCCAGUCUGAGCAAGAAGGUGCAGAAAUGGAGAGUGAGGACUUCUGUGCAGUGUGUCUGAUUGGAGGGGAUCUGCUGUGCUGUGACCGCUGUCCUAAAGUCUUCCAUCUGUCUUGCCAUAUCCCACCUCUGCUGAGCUUCCCCUCAGGUGACUGGGUGUGCAGCCUGUGUAGAGAUGUUGUACAGCCAGAGGUCAAAUACAACUGUGAGAAUGAGAGAACAGCUGGCGCACACACAGCAAAUGGACUGUCAGCAUAUGACCAGAGGAAAUGUGAGAGACUGACUCUUCUGAUCCUCAGCAACAUCUUAAGCACCCCCUUCCAUGAGCCUGUCAGUCCACUUGCACGCCAUUACUACCAGAUCAUCAAGAGGCCGAUGGACCUGUCUGUGAUCAGAGCCAGACUCAGUAAGGGGAAUCCCAUGCAUUAUAGCUCACCAGAUCAGUUUGUGGCUGAUGUCUAUCUCAUGUUCCGCAACUGUGCAAAGUUCAAUUAUCCUGACUCCGAGGUAGCCCAAGCAGGCCGCAGCCUCGAGGCUUUCUUUGCCUCCAAGCUAAAAGAAGUUUUCCCAGACAAAGUUUUCCCAGUAGCUGAGGUGGACUCUGACAGCGAUGAGUAUGAUGAGGCCUAUAGGACAGCUGAAAGUGGUUUCCCUUGGCCAGAGAGGAGGGAGCAGUGCCACAGGAAGAGAAAGAGGAGACAGUCGCUCAAGUCAAGGCGACAUCAUUUCUAACCAGAUGUGACUAUACUGCACUGUCGCUGUAAACUUUUUUUUUUGGGUCAUAAAGUAGCUCUGUCUUGUGGUUCGCAGUAAUAUGACUGUACUGCCAUCUGAUGGCAGCUGAACACAUCUAGAUUACUAACAGAUGUAGAAGCGAUUAUUAUUCCUGCAGGCAGCUGAUUAAAGGAGCAGAAAGUCUAAAAGCUAUUUUAAGUUGCUGCAAAUGUAUUGAAUUUCUACACAGUUGAAAUUGCACCUUCUUGGAUGUCACAGUAUGUUGGUUUGAUUCAGCAGCCAUUGUGCUUAGUAGGCAGGUAAUGCAGCUAAUUGCAUUUUGAUCAUUUAAUCCUAAUGUACUGCUAUGCUUAACAUUCUGUAUUUAUCUGAAAAAAAUAUACAUGCUUCAUGUUACAUGCUGUAUUGCAGCAUCCUCUGUACACAGAGGAUAUUGCAUUUGGAUGUUUUUUGCUUUUGUAUUACGUGGACUUUUUUAGAGUAACAUAUCAAUGAACUCUGAAUCUUUAAGCUUGUAAUUUUUCAUAUUCAUAAAUGUUUAACGUAUAAUGCAUCCAUCCUUGUUUAGAACUUACAUUACAUUAUUUGUUAGUUAAUAAAGCAUUGCAAGUGAUUAUCUAAGAUUUUAUUUGUGCUUUAAUUUCUAUCAUGGUAACUUUUCUUCAACAAAACAGCAGCAAAUCGUUUUUAUCUUUUUGAAAACAAAUGACUUUGUCUUUUUGAUUGAAGUAAAAAUGAUGUGCUAUAACCACUGUUAGAGCUCAACAGCAAAAUAUAAUGUUAUAUGAUAAUAAUUUUAUGUCCUCAUUAAGCUUAUAAAAAAAAUGUUAAUUUUAUAUUUGACCAUUAAAUAAUCCUGUGUGUACAUUAUAUAACAUGUCAGUGUCGCCUUUGUGACAUCAACAUCUUGUCCUCUUUUUAUUAUCUAAAUAUCUCAUGCUUGAUAAAAGUGUAAGGUAUUCAUAUCAUUCAGUAUUGAUUGUUACAAAAAUGUCUUGCUAACAGUGAACCAUACUGUUAAAAGUAAAUAUUUCUCUUUAUAGUAACACUGUAGAGCAUUCCUGUUUUACAAAUGUCUAUAUUGGCUCCCUGCAGCAUAAAGUAGACACUGUUUAACUUUUAAUCACUGUAUUGAAUGUACAGUAUAUGUAAUGUAACUUCUUUUUUUUGAGAACAGUAGAUGUAGUAAUAUUACCUUUUGUCAGGGAAAACUGAUUAUCUACAUUUACUGUCAUUGUUUCAGGAUUUUCUUUUUCUUCCAAGUUGUUUUUUUUUACUGUAACAGCUUAACCAUAAAUGCACACCACAGUAUACUAUCAAUAAAAUGCUUUCAACAGAA